AUUUCACAAAGAUGAGGAAACGACAAGGGAGGAGGUAGCAGACGACUGACUAAUGUGUUGGUUCGUGAGUCAGUCAUGAUGUCUGCCGAGGAGAGAUUGAAGAGGCUCGGACAGCUGUAUGUUGGAGGGGUGCAACAUAGCAAUGGCCAAACCCUCAGCCUUGAGAGUCUCCUCGAUGUCCUUAUUGUUCUAUACGAUGAGUGCUGCAGUUCCACUCUUCGAAGAGAGAAAAAUAUAUCGGAGUUUGUCGAAUUUGCCAAGCCAGUGGUCAAUAAGAUCAAGCAGUACAGGCUUCACCGGGAUGAUUUUGAGACCAUCAGAAUUAUUGGCAGAGGUGCUUUUGGCGAGGUGGCAGUGGUUAAGUUGAAGUCGACAGACAAGGUUUAUGCAAUGAAAAUCCUCAACAAAUGGGAGAUGCUGAAACGAGCAGAAACUGCUUGUUUCAAAGAAGAGAGAGAUGUUUUGGUCUAUGGUGACCGGCAUUGGAUCACAAAUCUCCAUUAUGCAUUUCAAGAUGACAACUUUCUGUACCUUGUGAUGGACUAUUACUGUGGAGGUGAUCUUCUAACACUGCUGAGUAAAUUUGAGGAUCGUCUCCCAGAAGACAUGGCAAAGUUCUACAUCGCUGAAAUGGUGUUAGCUAUAAGUUCUAUUCAUAAGUUAUGCUACGUACAUAGGGAUAUAAAACCAGACAAUGUUCUCAUAGAUCAAAGUGGUCAUAUAGUGCUAGCUGAUUUUGGUUCAUGUCUUCGGCUUCUGGAAGAUGGAACGGUGCAGUCUUCAGUGGCAGUUGGUACGCCAGAUUACAUCUCCCCAGAAAUUCUUCGAGCUAUGGAGGAUGGACAUGGUCGGUACGGCCCGGAGUGUGACUGGUGGUCAUUGGGAGUCUGCAUGUAUGAGAUGUUAUAUGGAGAAACACCUUUUUAUGCAGAGUCUCUAGUGGAAACAUAUGGCAAAAUCAUGAACCAUCAGACACGGUUUGAAUUCCCAGAUGAUGUAGAUGAUAUUUCUGAUGAUGCCAAGGAUCUGUUGAAGUUACUCAUUUGUGGUGCAGACAAACGCUUAGGGAAGAAUGGAUUGGAUGACUUCAAAAAUCAUCCCUGGUUUGAAGGCAUUGAUUGGGAGAAUAUCCGUACCAUGACGCCACCCUAUGUCCCUGAAGUGAGCAGCCCAACAGACACAUCCAAUUUUGAUGUUGAUGAUGCUGACUUCAGACAUACAGAUUCUGUACCACCAGUGUCAAAUGCUGCUUUCAAAGGUCAUCAUCUUCCAUUCGUAGGAUUUUCCUUUACAUCAGAGUCACAAAUUUCAGAUCUUGGGACACUUCAGGAUGUAAGUGAGAUGGACACAGAGAAGUUGGAGUCCUUAGCUGCUGAAGCUUUUGAACGGAAGAUUAAGUCUCUAGAAAAAGAAAAUAAAGAAUUACAACGUAAAUUACAAGAGACUAGUAUGACAAUACAGAAACUCAACAGCGGAGAGAUGAGUAGUACUGCUGCAGCCGCAGCGGCUGGUGCUGCUGAAUCAGAGGUCCGCCAACUCAAAGAGGAGAUAGCUGUAUUGCAUAGAGUGGUCGCAGAAUCACAAACUGAGAUCAGUACAGUUGAGCAAGAGCUCAAGCGGGCAGUUGAUAGUAAACAUGAUUUGGAGAAACGCAUCAGACUUUUAGAUGAGGAGAAAUCUGCCCUUGAAAAGGAACUUCAAGACUUCCGAGACAAAUACAAACAACAAGCGAGAGAACUGAAGGAAGCACUUGCUAAACAAAAGAUAGCUAUAGAACAAUAUACUGAUUCUAACGACUCGUUAUUGAAAUCCCAAGCAAGGGUGAAGGAACUUACACGAGAGUUUCGAAACAAAGAUGAGGAGGUGGAAGAGUACAAAAGGAAAGCAGAUAGCAUGAAGAAUGAAAGAAGGAGAGCUGAAAAGUCUAUAUUAGAGCUACAAAAUCAAUCAGAUGAGUAUCGAUCUGAGGCGAGUAAGGAAAGGAAGCUGAAAGAGAGAGCAGAGGCUUUUUCAAGGGAUUUAGAACAAGAAAUAGAAAGUAUGAAACGCAAACAACUAGGAAGGGCAUCAAACACCUCGACGUUAGAAUUAACACAAGAAAUCUCAAGAUUAAAAACAGAAAUGGAACGAAAGGAAGUAGAAAACGAGGAAAAGACAGCUAGAUUAUUGUCCAAGCACCAGACUGAACUUAGUGAUAGACAGUUUCUUAUGUCGGAACUCGAGUUAAAAACCAAAGAAAUUACCAAAGAAAAUGUGACAUUAAAACAAAAACUUAGUAAUCAAGCAUCUGUGGAUGAGUUACAAACAGAAUUACAAAGACUUAAGUUACAAUCAGAUCAUUCUGGUCGCGAGCAGUCUGUGAUGCAAGAGGAAAAUUCCAGAUUAAAGGAAGAAUUAGCAUUCCAAGAAUCUGCGCUGAAUUCCUUGGUACAAGAGAAGAACUCUCUGGAACAGGAAUUACGAGAUAUCUUUGAAAAGCGAGAGUCUGUUGCGCAAUGGGAAGCACAGAUUUCAGAAAUCAUUAAGUGGGUGAGCGAUGAAAAGGAUGCUAGAGGCUACUUACAAGCUCUGGCUAGCAAAAUGACCGAGGAGUUGGAAAAUCUCAAAGUAAUGGGCGUGUCUGAUGAUUCGAAUCGGCAGCGGUGGCGAAACCGACGUUCCCAGAGACUUGAUAAGAUGGAACUGCUGAACCUGCAGUCAAGUCUGCAGAGUGAGAUCCAAGCCAAACAACAAAUCAGUGAGGAACUCAACAAGGUCAAGGCUGCUAAUGUGGCUGGAGAGACUAAGAUCCUAGAACUGGAGGCUAUAAUAGACAAAUUAAAGAAGGAUCAUGAGGAUCUCCAGGAUGACUUGAACAGAAUAGAGAGACCUGGUGAUUCCAGCCUGAUGAACUUUUUCAAGGGUCAUUUUUCACUUCUGAAUGAUUCUGAGAAUGAAAGCAUGCCUGAUGAAGACAGUGUUAGUGAGGAUGCUCUAUCUAGAACAGACUCGCGUACAGAUUCACGGUCAGACUUGCAGUUUAGUUCGGAAACUACUAGUGAUAAUAUACCACAUACCAACAUAUCUGCAAACCAGGUAUCAACGUCAGAGCAGGUGUAUGACCAGCCUUGGGGUGCUAGUAAGGUGGGGUCAACACCACAGCAGAAAGUUCACAACUUCACCAUGAAGACAUUCUCCACACCAUACAGGUGUAACCAGUGUACAUCCCUCAUGAUCGGCGUCCAGCGACAGGGCACAAUGUGUGAAGAUUGUGGAUACACCUGUCAUGUACAUUGUAUAGAGAAGGCACCAAACAUUUGUCCUGUUCCACCUGAUCAGACAAAGCGACGUUUAGGAAUAGAUGUAUAUAAGGGCAUAGGGACGGCCUAUGAAGGUUAUGUUCGUGUGCCAAGGUUUGGAGGAAUAAAGAAGGGAUGGGUGAAACAGUUUGUUGUAGUCUGUGAUUUUAAAUUAUUUUUAUAUGACAACAUUUAUCCUGACCGGAAUUCUCCCAGUCAUAUAGUCCAGCAAAUCCUAGAUAUGAGAGAUGAGGAGUUUUCCGUCAGUCCAGUGCUACCUUCAGAUGUGAUACAUGCCAACAAAAAAGAUAUACCUUGCAUAUUUAGAGUAACAACUUCUGAAAUGAAUCCACCAGGAAGUAAACACCAAGUAUUAAUGUUGGCCGAAAGUGAACAGGAACGACAUCGCUGGGUUGGUGCUCUCAAUGAGCUACACAAACUUCUACGCAAGAACAAAUUACCUGACAAAGUUGCCUUCCAAGCCCAGGAGGUGUAUGACAACUCCCUGUCUUUAGUAAAGAGUUGUUUGUCGGCUGUUAUCCUUGAACCUGAUAGAAUCCUGAUGGGAACUGAAGAGGGAUUGUAUGUGGCACAGUUGAACAAAGAUGUGCUGAUCCGUAUUGGAGACCGUAAUGAGAAAAAGACUGUGUAUCAGUUAGAGCGAGUCUUGGAAGAACAACUAGUAGUAUUCAUCAGUGGUCGACAGAAGCAUAUCAAAUUACUGCACUUGUCUGCAUUGGAAGGACAUGAAGGUGAUCCAGUCAAGAUCCCGGAGAGCAAGGGAUGUAGUGUAUUCUGUACAGGACUUAUCCGGCAGGGCUGCUGCUCGUGUCUAUGUGUAGCUAGUAAACGGACUAUACAGGUGUAUGAACUCAACAAGACACGUCAGAAGUAUAGGAAAAUGAAAGACAUUCAGGUCCCGGGACAAGUGCAGUUUAUAGAAAUUAUGAAUGAAAGACUUUGUGUGGGUUAUCCAUCAUACUUUGCAAUUUACAGUGUCACAGGUGAUGCUGCACCAAUGACACUUGUAAAUUCUGAGGACUCAAGUCUGCAGUUUGUGAUACAGUCGCAACAAAACUCCCUGCAGGCAGUGGAGUUGUCUCCAAAAGAGUACCUUUUAGUAUUUAGUGUUUCUGGCAUAUAUGUAGACAACAGUGGUAGAAGAAGUAGAGCCCAGGAACUCAUGUGGCCUGCUCCUCCAACAGCAGUUGCAUUCAGUGAUCCCUACCUCAUGUGCUAUUCAGAAAAUGCCAUUUUUGUGUUCGAUGUUCAUACGGCUGAGUGGAUCCAGACUUUGUGCUUGAAAAAGACGAAGCCACUGAACAAGGAUGGCUCGCUGAACUUGAUGAAUAUGAUGGACUCUCAACACAUCAUCCACUUCAAGAAUGUCCAUCAGGAAGAAGAAAGGCUUGCCAUUAAAGAAAUCUUUAAGAACAGGACUGUCAACAGGAAUAAAAGAAAAUACUCUUUCAGAACCAGAGAGGAUCAUGACCGAGGCUCCAAGGGGCCCGAGCGGCGAUCUCGUGAAAUUUCUGCACCAAUAUCAUUCAGCCAUGUAGCCCACAUGGGUCCAGAUCAGGUCUUUCCUUCAAGCAUACCAAUACCAGUUACAGUAACCCACGGCCAGUCUGAGCGUAAAUCCCGAAUUAUCUCUGGUCCAACAAACUUCACCCAUGUGGCUCAUAUGGGUACGAACAUGGACAUGAAAUCACUCAUUGAUCUUCCCAAGCCGGCUGGAUCAGCUAGCACUCCGUCUGCAGAGAGAACGCCACCCGACUCUACCAUACAAAGGGUUCGGAACAUCUUCCAUCCCAGUAUGAAGUCUGUACAGGAAGCGCAGAUGAGAGGCUCCCGGUCACAACACAACGGAAGUGCAAGGCGUGAAUCGCCAUCCAAAGUUGGAGGUGGGGCACGCCCUAUGUCUUCCACCUCCUCCAUCUCUGAUAGUCCCGAGUUGUCCUCCCAUGACCAGUCUGCCUUUGCUGACGUCACCAGCAACAUGUUUGAAGAUGGGGAAGGGUUUGAACAGCCACGUAUGCGCCUGUCCCUGGCCUCCACCAACAGUAACUUCAGUAGUCCCCCACACUCCACCAGCGGCAGCAUAUCUGAGGACCGUGACCCUGGUGACAAUGACCAGGAGGUUGACUCUACUCGUCUCUGAUCGGCCAGAAUGCAACACAAGGAUGAGCACACCAGUGCAUCCCAUUGCAGCCCUGGUGGUUAUAUCACCAUGACGGUGGUGACUUGCUUUAAGUAAUGUGUGGUCUCCAGUCCCAAGUGUCAGCUGUACAGAGCCGUCUCAACUAGGUGUAUAUUCAUCUGGACACAACUUGUUGGCUAGUCUGUGGUGAUGUAUACCACUGCUGUCAUAUCAAAUACAACAUCCAGCCCGGUCAGGGAACAAGAAUUGCAGCAUUUUUAUGUCUACAAAAUAAAGCAAUGGGAUGCUUGCUUACUGCUGAUAAUUAACCUUCUCGGUAUUAUUCCCGUAUAUAUAUUUACUACUACUAUAAUUACCUAUAGCAGGAACACUAUGUCUAAAACUCAAAGAAAUUUUGUAUCUAUUAUACAUUGGAGUCAGCCAGUUUGUCUUUAAUACGUUGAUAAACCUAAACUCCCAAAAUUUAACAGAAGUAUGUAUGGAAAAAUAUUUCACGAUGUUGAAAACUGAAAUAUUUGUUUUACCUGAUAACAAUAUUUAUCAUGGACUUUUUUGAAUUCCUAAACCAUAUUCGUUAAGAAUCCAUAUAAACUUUUGAUGUACUUAUAUAGACUAUCAUAAUUGGAUGGCUUUAAAUUUACACUGCAAAUUCCUUUUCAAUGAGUGAUUAUCUAGUGUUACCCUUUGUAAGGAGUGAUUAUCUAGUGUUACCCUUUGUAAGGAGUGAUUAUCUAGUGUUACCCUUUGUAAGGAGUGAUUAUCUAGUGUUACCCUUUGUAAGGAGUGAUCUCGAGUGUUACUUUUGGUUGUUGUACACAGUUUAAUUAGCCAACAUAUUGCCACCAUUACAGAUGAACCUGUCUCAUUCUUAUUUGAAUAUCUUGUAGGAGGUUUGUAUUCUGUAUGUGGUGUGACACUGUCAGUUUGUAUCAUCAAUGCCCUUAUGUGAUUGUCAUUUCAUUGGUGUCAAAACAUGACCACCCUUUAAUAUCCAUAGCAUGUCAGUGGUCAAGAUAUGGAAAGCAUGAAUUUCAGACAAAAUCAUUUAAAUAGGUUUACAAACACACAUAUUCAAUAAGGACUUCUUAUCUGUUGAAGAUAUUCUAUAAAAUAUAUUUGUCAUUUAAUCCAACAAGCUGUUGUACAUGAGUCCUUUCAUCUUAACUUGGGCAUAGAUAACACUGAAAUCUCUUUGUGUCAUUGGAGGAAUUCUUCAUAUGACUAGUACAAGUUUGUUUACAUAUCUAUUACAUAUUACAUAACCUAAUGAAAAAUAUAAUCGUUUACUAAAUAGCUGUUAUAAGAGCAAGUACCUGUAUCUUUACGGAUUAACAUUGUAUUUUUCUCAAAGAAUCAGAGAACUGACUCCGUCGAAUGUACUUCUAUCAACCAGAAAAUUAAUUCCGAAACAACGACUCAUAGCUUUAGGGAUAAUCUAAGUGUUUAGAUUAGGUGUGACAUGAUGGAACAGUCUUUCAUUAUACCAACACAACAUGCCAUACCGGUGCUGUAGUAGUAUUUUUUUUUCAUUCAUUAGUAAUAGACAAUACAGACUAAUGUCCUAAUUCACUCCCAGUUGUAGGUUCACUAUUUCACAGUUUAGAAUUUGUUACCUUUACUUCUUCAAGCUACAGAUACUUUACAUAUCUCCAAUGUAGGGAGGCUAAAAAGUUGUGGUUUCAUUGUUCAUUUAAGAUUUCCAUGCAUUGGUAGAAAAGGGAUUAACAGUGAUCAUUAACAAAUCUAUUAAGAAGAAAAAUAGCUUGACAAUAAAUUGCGACUGUCGUAUAUUUUCCAUUUACAAUAAGUAAAGAUAGGGCGAAUGGUUGAAAUCUUCUUUAACCCUGACUGUUAAAGGAUAGGUUAGCAACUUAUCAAUGCAUGAUAUCUUAAAACUACUCUUUAAACAAAAUCUCCAAUCCAAAUUUGUUGGCUGUUAUAAAGAGUGUGACUCUUAGUGCUUAGCCUGUGUUUCCAGAAGAUUUUAAACACAUGAUGCUUUAUAUAUAUAUAAAUAUAUACCGUACGACAAAUCCUGUUUGGAUAUUGUAUAGAUCAUAUGGCUUUAGUCCGUCACACUAGCUUGUACAUAUAGAUGUAUUUAAAACACGAAACCAUGUUAAUAGCAAUUCAGCCUUAAUCAUGUACAGUUGUAUAUUAAUGUAGCAUCUGUAAUGGAGUCUUGCAUAUAUGUAAAUGUUUUGUACAUAGUAAUCAGCUAUUGUUGAUAAGUGAAUUUGCCAAAAAAAACCUUUGUUUUUCUGUUUUAAUUGAUCAAUAAACUUCAGUGAGAUAUAGGUGAGUGAGGUGACCGCACACCAGGAGUUACAGUGAGAGGCCCCUAUCUAUUACACACUAUUUUCAGUGUACAGUGAAGUAUAUGUGAUAGCCAUGUUAUUGAUGUCAGUGCUGUGAUCGCUUUUCUUGCCGAAGGCCACUAUUUCCACAUUACUUUAAAUUAGAUUUAGUUAUUUACAGAGUUCAUUCAUUCUGAUGGUUCAAGUAUCAAAUCCUUGAGGUAAGCAUGGUAUGACAGGCAGUUUUCAUUUUACUUGAUUUUAUUUGUAAAAGGAAAAUUAUAUUUGAAUGUAUUUGGCACCUGACCUCUUUACCACAGGGCUGGUAAAAGAAUUAAGAAGUUCAACAAGUUUUUCAGGACAUAGACGUGUUGCUAUAGAAACAAACAUAGAGUAUAUGUUGUAUAAAUGUAGAGAACAUGUAGUCUCAAUACCAAACAUGGUUUGUGUGUCACUUAUUGGAAUCUGUAUUACAAGUUCAUAUCAUGACUUAUAUAUAUAUAUACUGCCAAAAUAUGGAAGUCUCCAUCCAGCGUAACUUGGUUAAGAUGGACACUCCAUGUAACCUGCCAGUAUUGACUUAUAUUUUUUGACUCUUUCAUUGAUAGUAGAAGUAGAACACAGGCCAAAAUCAGUCUAUUUGGACAGAUAUAAUUACAUGCUAAUUUAGAAAACAUUUUGCAAGAUGUUACAAUUUUUUUAGGUGUAGUCAUUCACAACUGAUUGUCCCAAAUAACAUUGCCCAUGAAAGUGUCACAAUUCUCUCACAGUAACUCCUCGUGUACGGUGACUUGUAUAGGUAAAAGGAUCCAGUGGUGAACACCAGCUGUGAGAGACAGGGUGACUGUUUGGAUGAUUUUGCUGGAGGACUAGUGACAACAUCUGAUGGGAGAGGGAGGGAGAAUGUAAGGUGUUUCUACUGGAGAUCUACUUGUGAUACCUGAUGUGAGAGGGAGAGAGAAUGUUUGGGUGUUUCUACUGGAGAUCUACUUGUGAAUACCUGAUGUGAGAGGGAGAGAGAAUGUUUGGGUGUUUCUACUGGAGAUCUACUUGUGAUACCUGAUGUGAGAGGGAGAGAGAAUGUUUGGGUGUUUCUACUGGAGAUCUACCUGUGAUACCUGAUGUGAGAGGGAGAGAGAAUGUAAGGUGUUUCUACUGGAGAUCUACUUGUGAAUACCUGAUGUGAGAGGGAGGGAGAAUGUAAGGUCUUUCUACUGGAGAUCUACUUGUGAUACCUGAUGUGAGAGGGAGAGAGAAUGUAAGGUGUUUGUACUGGAGAUCUACUUGUGAAUACCUGAUGUGAGAGGGAGAGAGAAUGUAAGGUGUUUCUACUGGAGAUCUACUUGUGAUACCUGAUGUGAGAGGGAGAGAGAAUGUAAGGUGUUUCUACUGGAGAUCUACUUGUGAUACCUGAUGUGAGAGGGAGAAAAGGUGUUUGGUUAUCCCACUUGACAUGUUAAUUACUAUUAAUCCUUCAAAUUUUGAUGCAUGUCUCAUGACGAACAAAGACCAUGUUAUUUUUGUCUCCCAUAAUUUUUCUCAUAACUUUCGUUAAAGUGAUCCAAUGUCAGGAUUGCUUGCAUUUAAAAAUGUUUGAAUUGUACAUGUGAACAAUUCCAUUUAUUUAAGGGCGAUUCACAAAGUCCCCAACACAAUGUGAUUCAUUUUAUGUUGUAUACUGUAGAGAAGAAGAAAUGAAGUAACUAUAAUUAUGCAAUAUGAAAUAUGAUACACACUGCUGUUGAAGAAAGCAAAGCUGUGGUCAUUAGUUAAGUUAUCCAUACUUCCUUAUGAUGAUUUUAGAUUUUAUUUUCACAGUACUUGAAAACUAUGUUUAGAAAGAAAAUAGUGUGAGGAACAAAAUAGGAAAGAUUUAAUUGAAAGUUAACUGUAAGAUCAAUGCUACGAGGAUUGAUCAGCUAAGCCAAUUGAUAUCAUAUGAAGAAAAUUGUCUUCGGAGUAAUCUUGCUAUUUUCUGUAAUUUUAGAAUCAGUUUUGAUCUGAGAAUAUUGAGAGAGGUUGUUUUAAUAUUUUACUUUUUCAAAUUUUUUUUAAACUUUUGAAUCCUUCAUUUUACUUAAAUGUUAUGGUGAUAUUGAGUCAGUAUUAUGAAAUUUAAAGUGAUGAUUUGUUACUGUUAUUUUGUAUAGUAAAGCUUGAAGGUCUUUCAAAAACAUAAUGAUUGAAAAACUGUUGGAAGUAUCGUAAGUCAUUUCUAGUUAUGAUUUAAAAUGGUAUAUAUACCUUAAGAUUUUUUUUCUUUCUUUUUUUUCGAGGAUAACUUACACACAGCAACACAAGGCAUUAUAUAGAUCUUGUGUUCCUAUUCCUGACAUCGUGAUGUGACAGGUAUCUAGCACUUGGUGCAAGGGGAAGUAACAGUAGUUGUAGAAUACAUUCCAUUAGACUUGGAAACACACACACUAAUCACAAUUUUACAUCUACAUACUGCUUUAGUGAAUCUGAACAACAGCAGUGUAUUGAGUGACAAGUUCAUUCACAAAGAACUGCCUUUUAAUUGAUUGUUAAUUAAUAAUUGAUUAAUUGACUUGUGAUAUGUUUGAGGAAGAGACGAAGUCGCUUGUGCCUUUGGUUUGUUUGCUGAAUGUUUUGGUUGAUGUCCUGCCCGUAGAAGUCUUGAUGAUAUUAGAAGAGGUGUUUAUGUCCAUUUUAGCGUUUAAACGAAGUUAAAUUCUUAAUUUUAAUUUUCGUGCUAAACUACUUAUCAUUCAAGAAAUUAAGAAUUUACUUCAAGAGCUGUCCUACAUUUGGCUGUUGUAUAGUUCUGGGUCUACAGUAGGCCGGGGGUGUGACCUCAUACAAUUUGUGUAUCCUUGUCCACAUUCCACUAUCAAAUUUUCAACUUUCCAAACAUGUUCAAAAUAUUCCUUCAUGUGAUUUAAACAAUCUACUAUUAGAUAAAAUAGAAAAUGUCACAUUGAAUAAAAGAACACAAAGAUGACCAAUCUAUUAUCCAUAUCCUUAAAUUCAAAGUAUGUUUAAUCAGUAGUGAAUGGAAAAUUAAAAAGUAGCUGUCUAGGUUUUGGUAAGGGUCACUUUAAUGUAGGCUGUCAGUGGGUAUAUAAGGUUACAGUACCGUAGGCUCACAGUGGGUAUAUAAGGUUACAGUACCGUAGGCUCACAGUGGGUAUAUAAGGUUACAGUACCGUAGGCUCACAGUGGGUAUAUAAGGUUACAGUACCGUAGGCUGACAUUGGGUAUAUAAGGUUACAGUACCGUAGGCUCACAGUGGGUAUAUAAGGUUACAGUACCGUAGGCUCACAGUGGGUAUAUAAGGUUACAGUACCGUAGGCUCACAGUGGGUAUAUAAGGUUACAGUACCGUAGGCUCACAGUGGGUAUAUAAGAUUACAGUACCGUAGGCUCACAGUGGGUAUAUAAGAUUACAGUACCGUAGGCUCACAGUGGGUAUAUAAGAUUACAGUACCGUAGGCUCACAGUGGGUGUAUAGGACUACAGUUCUUUAGGCUGAUGGUGGGUAGGAAGGAGUACAGUACUAUAGACUGACUCUGGGUAGACCUAACUAGGACACUGUACAAUUACAGUGGGUAGAAAGGACUAUGGUACUAAAUGCUAUCAGUGGGUAGGUAGGAGUACAGUACUGUGGGCUGACAGCGGGUGGGCAGAUGGGACUUUGGUACUAAGGCUGACAGUGGUACUAAGGCUGACAGUGGGUAGACAUAACUCCAAUGCUGUAGGCUUACUGUGGGUAGAUAGGACUAUGGUACUGUAGGCUUACUUUGGGUAGAUAGAAUUUCGGUACCGUGGGCUGACAAGGGUAUAUAACUCUUGGUAGAUCAAGGACUGCAGUGCAUAGAUAUAUCAGCAGAGGACAGGUGGCUCCUAAUAAUGUGAUGGUGAGCUUUACAUGGUGCUGUCAAGUGUUGGGUCAAAAGUAGAGAAAAGACAUGAAUAUUUAAAUUACUUCAUGAUUGUAAAUUUUUAGCUUGGAAGUUUUUAAUUAUGCAAGAAAAUGAAUUGAUUGAUGAGCACUAUUUGCAUAUCAUUUGUAUAUCUCCACGUUUGCUUUUAUUGUCAUUGUUUGAAUGUUAUUAUUUUUUCAGGAAUCAAAACAUUUCUUCCACAGAAAUGAAGUAUAAAAGUGCAAUGAUUUUUCUCCCCUUAUUAUUGUUAUUAUAGAGAAAUGUGUAUACCUUCCACACUAGUUGUAGCCUACAGUGUAUAGUUCCAUUGUAUCCUGUGUAUAGCGCCUGUUAUUUACCCUGUAUUACCAAUGAGUUUUAUAAACUACAAUGUAUGUGUGAGUGUGGGUGUGCAUGUACAGUUUUGUAUGCAAUGUAGUGUUGUUAUUUUUUGGUGAAAUCUUAUUUGUUUUUGCCGAAAUAUCUGCGGAUUUUAGGUGUGGCAGCCACCUUGUAGAUACAGCCAAUGGUAUUUUGCUUUGGAGUUGUAUAACCCAAGGAAGGUUUAUUAUUGUUCCCACCACUAAUACAUAGAGAUCUGUAAGGAGAGCUUAGCCAAUUAUUACUAUUAUUAUUGUAUAGUUUUAUAACACAAAUCAGUAACAUGUAAGUGCAAGAAAUGGUAAAAUAAAACCGCAAAAAUAAUAAAAUUACAUAAAUUCUUCUA